AUGGAUAAUCACAGAGUAAUCUACUCAAAACUGAAUUUGCCCCCAAACCCGAAGAACCAGGAGAGAAAGUCUAAGGGCAAUAAAAGCUCCAUUUUAGUAACUGAACAGGAAAUAACCUAUGUGGAAUUAAGCCUUCCAACUGCUUCUCAGGAUCUUCUAGACAAUGACAAAACUUUCCACAGCAAAGAUGUAUCGUCACCUACAGAGAAGCUCAUUGCUGGCAUCCUGGGAAUUAUCUGUUUGGCAUUAUUAGUGACCACGGUAACAAUAAUUAUUAUUCAUUUUAAUUGUCCAGAGGAAUGGUUUACAUAUUCCAACAGCUGUUACUACCUUGGAAAGGAAACAAAAACUUGGGAUGAGAGUAUGGUGGCAUGGGCUUCUAUGAACUCCAGUGUGCUUUAUAUAGAUGAUGAAGAAGAAAUG